AUGAAUCAGUCAAUUAUUAACAUUGUUGAUUUACCUGACGAAAUUUUGCUUUAUAUUUUGAAGAAACUCAAUAAUUUCGAUGUUCUAUAUUCAUUGGUAGGUGUUAAUGAAAAACUCGAUCGAGUGGUAUGUGAUGUUAGUUUUACUCGACUUGUCGAUCUAAUAACAAUCGAAUCAAAUCAAGUGACUGAUUCAAGAAAUCAUGCAAUACUUGAUCGAUUUUGUAUGGAGAUAUUACCUCGAAUUCAUGAUAAAGUAGAAUCUCUUACUCUUCAAGCAUGUUUCUUACCAUGUGUCCUUCGUGCUACCAAUUAUCUUCAAUUACGCAAGCUUGUUAUUAUUAAUCUCAAGUUCACUAUGGCUUUGUACAUUUUCAAUGAGAAGUCUCCAUUUAUUUAUGUUUUAAAACAAAUCUCAGAUCUAGUCGUAACGAUUAGUGACGAAAUUCUGGAGAAAUCAAAUAUGAAAUUAUUAACUUAUAUUUAUAACCGUAUUUUUGGGUUAGUUACAAAUCUCAAAUAUUUGGAUAUGGAUAGCAGUGAUACUUAUACUUCCUCUCGAUCGUUGUUAACUGGUUUACCAUCUACAACAUGUUGUUCGUCUAGUAUUGUUCAUUUACGUAUCAAAAUGCAGAAUAUUGAUGAUUGCCUUUAUUUACUUGAUGGUCGUCUUAGCCAAUUACAUACAUUGCUUAUCAUUCUUGAUUAUAUCCAUGAUCCAGUCCAGAUCAGUCAAAUGCCACGUCUACAUACAUUUCACUUCGAUAUUGCUACUGAAUAUGUCAGUAUUAACGAACAACAACCUAACCCAACACCUGAUGAUAUUCGACGUACAUUCACGGAAAGAGGAUAUCAUGUUGAUUGUUAUAUCGAUUAUGGAAUUUAUAAUUCAGGUCGAUGUCAUGUUUAUUCAUCUUCAUUCGAUAUGGAACGACGAUUUCCAUCCAUUCGAACAUAA